AUGGCAGAAGUAGACCCUGAAACAUUGUUGGAAUGGUUGCUAACGGGGCAGGGUGAUGAGCGGGAUAUGCAACUUAUUGCAUUAGAACAACUUUGUAUGCUCCUGCUCAUGUCAGACAAUGUGGACAGAUGUUUUGAAAGCUGUCCUCCCCGUACAUUCCUACCAGCACUUUGUAAAAUAUUUCUGGAUGAAUGUGCACCAGAUAAUGUUUUGGAAGUGACAGCCAGGGCUAUUACAUAUUAUCUAGAUGUUUCAGCUGAAUGUACUAGACGAAUUGUAGCAAUAGAAGGUGCUAUUAAGGCUAUUUGCAGCAGAUUACUGACAGUGGAUCCUAAUAACCGAACAAGUAAAGAUCUUGCUGAGCAGUGUAUUAAGGUACUAGAAUUAGUAUGCACUCGAGAAGCGGGUGCAGUUUGGGAAGGUGGUGGUCUGCCAGCUGUGCUCCACUUUAUUACACACUAUGGGAUGUCUGUGCACAAAGACACUCUACAUUCAGCUAUGGCUGUUGUCUCAAGGGUUUGCGGAAAAAUGGAACCAGGCGAUGAACGUGUGGGUGACGCUGUAUCAUCACUCUCGACUUUACUGCGGCACAGCGACGCGCGGGUUGCAGAUGCUGCCCUACGUUGCUUUGCAUCUCUUGCUGAUAGAUUUGCGCGUGCACAUGCUGAUCCAGCACCACUUGCAGAACAUGGUCUUAUUGAAGAGUUGGUGAGAAGACUUGGCAGCACUGAGAAUAGUGAUGACAAGUGCUUGGUGCCUUCUGUUUCUACAACAGUCAGUCUUCUAUCUACUCUCUGUCGUGGUUCAGCCCAGAUAACACAUGAUUUAGUUCGUUUGGAUCUUUGUACUGCGAUUGAAAAAGCUGUGCAAGCUGACGAGCGUUGGUGCCUAGAGUGUAUGCGUCUCGUGGAUUUGCUGCUUGUCCUACUAUGUGAAGGAAGGCACGCGAUACAAACAUCAAGUCGCACCUGUAACUCUGUUACGGGGUCAAGUAGCGGAGCAAGCGGCGAGGGCUCGAGCACCGGUAGUGGAACUCGAGGAGACAAAUCGCACCGACAGCUCAUCGAUUGCAUUCGAGGAAAAGACACGGACGCCUUAUUAGCGGCGGUGUCCAGCGGGGCCGUUGACGUCAACUUCACCGAUGACGUUGGACAGACGCUGCUAAACUGGGCGGCUGCUUUCGGCACACGCGAAAUGGUCGAGUUUCUGUGUGAGAAAGGAGCGGACGUAAAUCGCGGACAGCGAAGUUCUUCGUUGCAUUACGCUGCGUGCUUUGGUCGCCCUGCCAUUGCAAAGGUGUUGCUUCGCUACGGCGCCAACGCCGAUCUUCGUGAUGAAGACGGGAAAACACCCCUUGAUAAAGCGAGAGAAAGGCACGAUCAAGGCCACAGAGAGGUAGCAGCUAUUCUGCAGUGUCCUGGCGAGUGGCUUGUUGUCAGUAAUCACAGCUCGCCGGCCUCUUCUAAUGAAGAUGACUUUCCAGAUACUGGCGAUAAAGAGAUGGCAGCAGUUUAUCUCGAGCGGCUGGUGCCGGUGUUCUGCGCGCGGUACCUGGGCGCAGGCGGCGCGGGAGUGCGACGCGCGUGCCUAUCGCUCGUGCGCAAGAUGGUGCAUUGUGCGCCCGCACCGCGCCUGCGCGCGCUCUCCGCGCCGCGCACCGCCGCGCUGCUCACGCACCUCGUCGCCAACGUCCUCGACAACCAGGUGCCUUACCGCCACUCUCCCACACCCCUUACACACUGCACACACACUGUUGCGCUAGAUGAAGCACUGCUAGCACACGCCGCGCUGCUCACGAACCUCGUCGCCAACGUCCUCGACAACCAGGUGCCUUACCGCCACUCUCCCACACCCCUUACACACUGCACACACACUGGUGCGCUAGAUGAAGCACUGCUCGCACACGCCGCGCUGCUCACGCACCUCGUCGCCAACGUCCUCGACAACCAGGUGCCUUACCGCCACUCUCCCACACCCCUUACACACUGCACACACACUGGUGCGCUAGAUGAAGCACUGCUCGCACACGCCGCGCUGCUCACGCACCUCGUCGCCAACGUCCUCGACAACCAUGUGCCUUACCGCCACUCUCCCACACCCCUUACACACUGCAUACACACUGGUGCGCUAGAUGAAGCACUGCUCGCACACGCUGCGCUGCUCACGCACCUCGUCGCCAACGUCCUCGACAACCAUGUGCCUUACCGCCACUCUCCCACACCCCUUACACACUGCACACACACUGGUGCGCUAGAUGAAGCACUGCUCGCACACGUUGCGCUGCUCACGCACCUCGUCGCCAACGUCCUCGACAACCAUGUGCCUUACCGCCACUCUCCCACACCUCUUACACACUGCACACACACUGGUGCGCUAGAUAAAGCACUGCUAGGCAAGCUGCGCUGCUCACGCACCUCGACAACCAGGGUUUAUUUAGAAGGAGAAGGUUUACACUAUUAUGUUCACGACGAUGACGACGGCCACCUGAUAGUGUUAGGUAUCGCAGAGGAACUGAUGGUGAAAGCGGCAGACAUUUACCUCGAGCAGUUUGCGCGACUUGGUGUCUUCAGUAAAGUAGAAGCGUUGGCGGCUGUUCCUGCGGACCAACUCACUACGGAUGGCGAAACUGUCAUCGCCGCUGAUGGAGGUGGGGGUGCAGGGGCCGGUGAGGACGCGUCGUGGCUGGCGAGCGGCGCGGCGUACAGCUGGGGCGAGUGGUCGCUGUGCCGCGGUCGCGACGCGCUCUAUGUGUGGAGCGACACGGCCGCACUCGAGCUCAGCACCGGCAGCAACGGCUGGUUCCGCUUUCUGCUCGAUGGCAAGCUCGCCACCAUGUACUCCAGCGGCAGCCCCGAACACCAGACCGACAACACGGAGAAUCGUGGUGAAUUUAUUGACAAGUUACAGAGAGCUCGGGCAUCUGUUAAAAAUUCAAUACCACAGCCUAUUCUCUCAAAGCCCGGACCAGCCAAACUUGUCCUUGGUAACUGGACAUUAUCUUGUAAAAAAGAAAAAGAACUUCUUAUCCAUAAUACAGAUGGUCAGCAACAAACAACAAUAUUAAGGGAUGACUUACCCGGUUUUAUAUUUGAAUCUAAUAGAGGAACAAAACAUACCUUCACAGCAGAAACAUUUUUAGGACCAGAAUUAGCAAGUGGCUGGGUGGAUAGAAGACCAGUAGCAACAAACAAUGGUAACACCAGCCAGAAUCGAUCUAGGUUCUCGGCAAAGACUGAAGCACAGAAAACACAGGUGAGUGAGCGAGCGCGCGCACUGUACGCGCGACAUCUAUCGAGCGCGGCCACGCGGCAGCCGCGCGCGCCCGUCGCACGUCUACGCGCCCUGCUCGCGCGCCUGCAGCGCCUCGCCGCACGGCCCGCAGGAGAUUGGCAACAAGAAUUGAGGGACUCGUUAAAUCAACUGACGGAGCUAUUAUGUGGGGAAGAACUGCUUUCAGCUUAUGAGCUACAGUCUUCGGGACUUGCACCAGCAUUACUUCAGGUUCUUUCGCCCCAACCGAACGAAGGCUCGGGUAGUGCGGGCGGUGUGGGCAGUGCGGGCGGCGCGUGGGAGCGCGUCGUGCGCGAGUGGCUGUCGGUGUCGGAAGGGCGCGCGGGCGCGGGGCGGGCGGCGCGGCGGGUGGCCGUGCUGGAGAGCGUGGAGCGCCUGCCCGUGCUCGCGCCCGCCGCCGAUGCGCCCGUGCCCGCCGCCGGCUCGCUGCACCACCUCGCCAAGCGCAUCAGACUUCGCGUGGAACGUGCGAGCGAGGACUCUGCGGAGGAUAAUGCUACAAGCAACAGUAACAAUGCAGGUCGCAGCUUGAAGGUCGAAGCGCUAACAACCGUGCGUCAGCUCGAGCGGUUUCUUGCAAAGUCCGUCGCGCGGCAGUGGUACGACAUGGACCGCUCCACAUUCACCUUCGUACAGAAGAUCAAGGCAGAAGCACCAAUCACGUUCACAUAUGAUCAUGACUUCGACGAAAACGGCGUAUUAUAUUUUAUCGGCAGCAAUGCUGGCACGAGUGAAUGGGUAAACCCGGGUGCUCAUGGCCUGGUCAGUGUGUGGUCGUCCGAUGGUCGCCAAUUGCCUUACGGGCGUGCUGAAGACGCUUUAAGCCGCUCCCCUGAACCCUUAAAUGUCCAUACGAAUGACGAUAGAAGAGCGUUCAUCGCGCUGGAUUUAGGAUUACAUAUUGUACCUUCUGCUUAUACUUUACGCCACGCACGAGGAUAUGGCCGUUCGGCGCUUAGAAAUUGGCUGUUUCAAAUGUCGGCGGACGGCGUGGCGUGGAGCACGCUGGCGGCGCACAGCGACGAGCAGGCGCUGCAGGAGCCGGGCAGCACGGCCACGUGGCGCCUGCGCGCCGACACGUCCUACCGCUACCUGCGCGUGCAGCAGAACGGCAAGAACGCCAGCGGCCAGAGCCACUACCUCUCGCUCUCCGGGCUCGAGCUCUACGGCAAGGUUGUGAGCGUAGUGGAGAGUCCGCCGCGGCAGUGCGGCGGCGGUGCAAGCUGCGGCGUUGCGGUGGUGGGGGCGGGCGCGGGGGCGGGUGCGGGGGGCGCGCGCUCCCGGCGCUGGUCGCGCGGCGCCCGCGCGCUGUGCGUGGGCGCGCGCGUGCUGCGCGGCCCCGACUGGAAGUGGCGCGACCAAGACGGCUCGCAGCCCGCCAUGGGCACCGUCACCUCCGACCUUCAUAACGGCUGGGUCGACGUCAGGUGGGAUCACGGCGGGCGCAACUCGUACCGCAUGGGGGCAGAGGGCAAGUUUGACCUGAAGGUAGUGAGUGGCGGUGCGGGUGCGGGGAACGCGGGGGCGGGGAGCACGGCAGGCGCCGGCCGCAAGAGUCACUCCACACCGAGCCUGCCCGACGCCACCGCCGUCGACCACCAGGUAUCUGUAGCCUCGACGGAGCAGGCUGCCUCCGCGGACAACAUAUCAAGUGAGGAAAUGACUAGCAAUAUGACGCGCCCACGAAUACAUGCCACUGAAGAUGUAUCUGCUAUUAAUAACUCCACACACCACAUUAAUACAGAUCUCGCCACUAUAGUAGAAUCACUAACACUUGGAGCGGAAGGCAACAAUUGUUUAGCAGACUUAGGAAGUGCGUCAUUUGCAAAUAUGGAAAUGGGCCCGGCCAGUAUAACCGAUAUAACGAAACCAUAUCCCGCUAAAGAACCGCUCCCGGAAGCUAACAUACAAGAGGAGAGCGAGGCGCAAAGCAACGACGAUGACGCGGUGCGCAACAGCACCAACGCUCUGUUGUCCAGCGAGUUGCUCCCUUUGCCGGCAAUGCUGCACACGUUGCGCAAUAAUGCUAACCGCCUGCGCAUACAGUGCGAGGACAGCGAGAGCGGUGAAGGUCAGUUCAGCGAUCACAAGAAGGACAACCAAGCCAGUGGCACCGGUACGAUGAGCGCUAGUGAGCCAGAUCUUACUCAACAGUGCGGGCAGGGCGCGGCGGCGGCGCGGCUGCUGGAGUCGCUGGGCGUGGCACGCGGCGCAGCGCGUGCGCCCGCUGCCCCGCGCAGCGCGCGCCACAACCACUCCGCCGGACUGUUCCCCAGUUUGGUGCGAUUGGCGUUGUCAAGUAAUUUUCCUGGAGGCUUGUUGUCAGCUGCACAAAGCUAUCCCUCACUGGCGCCCAAUGCGCAGAAUGCUCUUACUUUGUCGUUGACCUCUACUUCAAGUGAGAGUGAACAGGUUUCACUAGAAGAUUUCUUGGAGUCUUGCCGAGCACCCGCCCUUUUAACAGAGCUGGAAGACGAUGAAGAAGCCGAUGAUGCACUUGAUAGUGAUAAAGAAAACGAUCCCACUUAUCAAGAGGUAUCACGCAACCUGCUGUCGCUGAUGGAGGAGGAGGCGCUAGAAGCGGUGCGCGGCGGCGGCGGCUCGCGCUCGCGCAAACCGUGGGACGAAGACUUCGUGCUCAAGCGGCAGUUCUCCGCGCUCAUACCCGCCUUCGACCCGCGCCCCGGCAGGACCAACCUCAACCAGACCGUCGAUCUCGACAUCCCCCUCAACGACGACUCCGACGUAGAGGAUAGCGCGGUUGAAGUGAACGGCAAUGUUGUUAACGAAAGCAACAGCAACAACAACAACGCCAACACCAUCAGUAGCAACACAACCAACACAGCUUCGCGGCUACCCGGGCUGCGGCUCGUCUUGAGCUCCGGUGGAGUGUCGUUGCCGCUGGACCGUCCCUCGUGGACGCUGUACCGCGCCGUGCUCGCACUUAACGCUAAACUGCCUGCUCACGAUACGCAUAGGGACACCACAUACACAUUGACCUACAAGGAAAUCGAGGGGACGGAUACUUUUGCGUCGUCUAGUGAUAGUGAAGAUGACGAACCUUGUGAUCCAGAGCGCGGAGUGGCAUGCUGCGAGGGAGCGGAGGGUGACAUGGUGACGUGCUGCGUGCGCGCGCUGCGGCGCCUGCGCAGCGUCGCGCCUGAGCUGCCGCCCGCCGCUUUCCUCUCCACCAAGCUCACCAACAAGCUGCACCAGCAGCUGCAAGACCCGCUCACGCUCGCCGCCGGCGCCGCGCCGCACUGGUGUCAACAACUGAACGACUGGUGUCCGUUUUUGUUCCCACUGGAGACGAGGCAGAUGUUUUUCGCUUGCACAGCUUUCGGCACUUCCCGUACUAUUGUCUGGUUGCAGGCACAACGCGACCGCGCGUUAGAUAGACAAAGAGCGGGUAACACGGUGUCACCGCGGCGCGCUGAGAUCGAGGCGACAGAGUUCCGAACGGGACGUUUACGUCACGAACGAGUGCGUAUACCGCGACAGCCCAACUUAUUGCGGUCUGCGAUGCAGGUGAUGCGCGUACACGCGGGCCGCAAGUCGGUGCUGGAGGUGGAGUUCGCGGGCGAGGAGGGCACGGGGCUGGGCCCCACGCUGGAGUUCUACGCGUUGGUGGCGGCCGAGCUGCAGCGCGCCGACCUCGCCAUGUGGCUGCAGGACGCUCCCGCGCACCCGCCCGCGGCCCGUGCCGCCUCACCCCUCCCGCUCCACGAAGUAGAGAAACCCCCGGGUUACUAUGUAACGCACGCCGGAGGCCUGUUUCCGGCGCCACUUCCUCAAGAUUCUCCUAUCUGUGAUAAAGUUUGCAAAUAUUUUUGGUUCCUAGGAGUAUUUUUAGCUAAGGUGCUGCAAGAUGGGCGGCUAGUAGACUUACCAUUAUCUGAGCCUUUCUUACGACUUAUGUGUGGUGAAGAAUUGACAUCAGAGCAUCUGAAAGAAAUCGAUCCGAUAAGGCAUAGGUUCUUAGAAAAAGUACUGUUAGCGGCGGACGAGUAUGACGUUAUCAUGUCUGACUCCUCACUAGACGAGAGUGAACGUCAGCGACGAGUCCAAGAAAUAACCGUAGAGGGCGCUACAUUCGAGCAACUAGCACUCUCAAUGACUCACAUUGCCGCUAAUACUGACCCCGCUGUGGCGGUGCAGCCGCUUUGUGAUAGCGGUGAACACAUCGAGGUUGGUGCGUGGAACGCCCGCACGUACGCGGAGUCGUCUGCCCGGUGGGCGGUGCGGUCGGGCGUGCGGCGGCAGGCCGGCGCGUUCCGCAGCGGGUUCGGCGCCGUGUUCCCGCCGCGCCGCCUGCGCGCCUUCUCGCCCGCUGAGCUGCGCCUGCUGCUGUGCGGCGAGCGCGGCGUCGACUGGACGCGCGACCACCUGCUGCAGUACACCGAGCCCAAGCUCGGCUACACGCGCGACAGCCCCGGGUUCCUGCGGCUGGUGGAGGUGCUGGUGGAGAUGUCGGUGCGCGAACGCAAGGCGUUCCUGCAGUUCGCGACCGGCUGCAGCAGCCUGCCGCCCGGAGGCCUCGCCAACCUGCACCCGCGGCUCACCGUCGUACGCAAGGUUGAUGCUGGCGACGGUUCGUACCCAUCCGUGAAUACGUGCGUGCACUACCUUAAAUUGCCCGAGUACUCGUGCAAGGAAGUGCUUCGUGAAAGGCUGCUAGCUGCGACUAACGAACGUGGCUUCCAUCUCAACUAA